CUUUCCCCCCUGCACGCGCAAGAGAUGGAGAAUUUCGAGCCCGCUGUGACUUGGAGUCCUCCCAGCAGGUCACAGACCUCUGCUGAUGAGGUGCCCUCAGCUGCAGCGGCUCCUGCAGCAGCAAGGCCCACCGAAGAUUCACCUCUGAGAGCCAAUACGACGACAGGGCAGUUCGGGCGCCUCAUGCGAUGUCCCAGAGGUGAGAUGGACUCAGAGACGCAAAAACCUGCCAACAUUCACUGCAAUUGUAUUGUCUUCUCUGGUGCUGUCUCGUGAUCAGAGCUGUGGUUCGUGUAUGCGAUGAAGAUGGGAGAAAGCUUUGCUUACUUUAGCAUGUCAUUCAUCCUCGUGCUCUUCCUUAGGUGGACACCGCCUGACAAAAGACGGCUUUGUCUCAUCUUGUCCCUUUUGCAAUGUUGCAGUGAAGAAUAUGGGUUUAGCGAUAGGGAGGCUGGGUGGAUAUACGGUGAGCAUGACGCGACAUGAAGAGGACAGCCACGUGGUGACUAGUCUGUGCUGACUUGCAGGGGUUUUUGGUCUUCUGUCGUCGCUCGUGGGUUUAUGCGUAGGGUCUGCGGUGGACAACCUUGGCGUGAGAGCCAGCCUUGUGCUGGGGUCAACCAUUCUCACUGUCAGCCGUGUGCUCCUGUGCCUCACAUACAGCUCACAUAUCACCGUUGCUGUGCUGGUGGGGAAGGCUUUGUUUGUGUGGGGUGCGUCUGAUUGUCUGUCUCUUGUGUGUGUUCAGUUGGUGGGUCUCCCUGUCGGCGCUUCGCUUGGCAUCCCUCUUCUGAGUCACGGUGUGAGGAGGUGAGUUCGCAAAUCUCCAGUGCGAAUGCAGCCGUACACGCAUACUUGCUCAUCAUAUGCACAUGAUGUACAGGUACACAUCAGAGCCUACUCGUGGUGAGUGGGCCAGAGAACGCUUGUCUCCAGUAUUCCUCUCGUCUACAUGCCUGUUUCCUCAUCAGCGCUGGCGUUCAGCAUUUUCUACGUGAUCAUGAACCUCGCUGCCUUCUUGGGAGGUACGCAUUCAUAUCACAUUUCCACACAUGGACAUCGUUGCCGUGUCUCUCCCCGCGGUGCAGGUGUGACGUCCAAUAUAAUCCGUCACCAGUACAAGAAGGGGCUGGACCUCCACAUAGGCAACGCGGUGUUCCACCUCACCACCUACAGAAUACUCUUAUCCGUCGGCACAUGUGUAAGGGCACCAUGCAGCAGCUGAAGAUUGCACGCAAACACCCCUCUUCUCCAUCUCUGUCAGCUGUCUGUGGUGAAUAUGAGCCUGGCGUGCUGCAUUCGCGAGAUCGUUGUGGUGCGCCACGAUGCACAGCCCGAAGAGUUCAAGACCAGAAGGUGCCUUGCCAGCACUUGGUUCUCUCACAUACAUCGACAUGUCUCUCUGUGUGUAUGUGCGUCUGCAGAGCCAGCCCCGUGCAGAUCACAUACGAGGUCCUGACGCAGGCACGAUUCUGGCGGUACUGCGGCCUGGCGGCCAUCUUCGUGGGCUGCCGGAUGAAUCUGCGCCACAUGGACGCCACACUACCCAAGUAUCUGACCAGAAUGCACGGCCCAGACGCGCCAUACGAUCUCAUUAUCAGCCUCAAUCCCAUGCUGGUGAGUGAGUGAGCACAGAACUCAUGGACGUGCAAAUGUGCAUUGGGCUCUUUUGUGUUUCUGUGCGUGUGUGCAGAUCGUGGGUCUGGUGCCCCUGGCGACGGUCUUUGCCGAGCAUAUUCAAUGGCCUAUCACACACUUCCUGCAGAUCGGCUGCUUUCUCUCAUCCGUCUGCCCAUUCGCACUGGCAGUAAGGCCACAUAUACACUCCUUCAUGUAUUCUCAAUGGCGGCCAUUGAUGCAUUUGCAUGUCAGGUGUCGACCUCGUACACAGCGGCAGUGUGUUCCAUAGUGGUGCUGUCUCUCGGCGAGGCCAUGUGGUCCCCCAAGCUGUAUGAGUACAGUGUCACUGUGGCUCCUGAGGGUCGAGAGGGGACGUUCAUCGCACUCGACACGGCGCCCGUAUUCCUCUCUAAACUCGCCACUGGAGGCAUCUCGGGGACCAUGCUGGAGCGAUUUGUGCCCAGGGACGACCCGGAGCGUCGCAACCCACUGUACGCAAAUUGCGGUGGGCUGUCUUGUAUGUGCAUGUCUCUGCCUCGAUGUGUGUGCCCUGCAGGCUUAUGUGGGCUAUUAUUGGCUGUCUGUCCAUGAUCUCGCCCAUCCUACUGGUACGCUCCCUUUAUCGUCGAUGCUUUUUGUGUGCCUUACUCUGUGUGUCACAUGUGUCCCUCGGUGCAGUGGUCGCUGCAUCACAUCAUUUUCCGCAUCGAGGACUACAGAGGCAGCGGCAGCCAGCGGGCCAUCGUGCAUCAACAGCACGCAUCAAAAGGGCCGGCCGAUGAGGCCGCUGGGGCCAGCCAGUGAUUUGUGACACUCAGUUGUUCCACAUAUCCAUCGAUGGGUUCGUGUGUGCAAACCCGUGAUGGGCAUGUUGCCGUGGAUGCGAGAGCGAGCAG